ACGCUGCUUUCCAAGAUGGCGACGGAGGGAGGAGGGAAGGAGAUGAACGAGAUUAAGACCCAAUUCACCACCCGGGAAGGUCUGUACAAGCUGCUGCCGCACUCGGAGUACAGCCGGCCCAACCGGGUGCCCUUCAACUCGCAGGGAUCCAACCCUGUCCGCGUCUCCUUCGUAAACCUCAACGACCAGUCUGGCAACGGCGACCGCCUCUGCUUCAAUGUGGGCCGGGAGCUCUACUUCUAUAUCUACAAGGGGGUCCGCAAGGCUGCUGACUUGAGUAAACCAAUAGAUAAAAGGAUAUACAAAGGAACACAGCCUACUUGUCAUGACUUCAACCACCUAACAGCCACAGCAGAAAGUGUCUCUCUCCUAGUGGGCUUUUCCGCAGGCCAAGUCCAGCUUAUAGACCCAAUCAAAAAAGAAACUAGCAAACUAUUUAAUGAGGAAAUGGCAAGUUCUUGGCGUGCGUGAGCCAGGACGGCUUCCUGCGGGUGUUCAACUUUGACUCAGUGGAGCUGCACGGCACCAUGAAAAGCUACUUUGGAGGCUUGCUGUGCGUGUGCUGGAGCCCGGACGGCAAGUACGUCGUGACGGGCGGAGAGGACGACCUUGUGACCGUCUGGUCCUUUGGAGACUGCCGCGUGAUCGCGCGGGGCCACGGGCACAAAUCCUGGGUCAGCGUGGUGGCGUUUGACCCCUACACCACUAGUGUGGAAGAGAGCGACCCUAUGGAGUUAAGUGGCAGCGACGAGGACUUCCAGGACCUUCUUCACUUUGGGAGAGACCGAGCAAACAGUACCCAGUCCCGGCUGUCCAAGCGGAACUCGACCGAGAGCCGCCCCGUCAGUGUCACGUAUCGGUUCGGCUCCGUGGGCCAGGACACGCAGCUCUGCUUAUGGGACCUCACGGAAGACAUCCUUUUCCCCCACCAGCCCCUCUCCAGAGCAAGGACGCACACGAACGUCAUGAACGCCACGAGUCCUCCUGCCGGAAGCACUGGCAACAGCGUCACGACCCCCGGCAACUCGGCGCCCCCUCCCCUGCCGCGGUCCAACAGCCUCCCGCAUUCCGCCGUCUCCAGCACCGGCAGCAAGGGCAGCAUCGCGGACGGGGCCAUCGCUUCCGGGGUCAGCAAAUUCGCGACGCUCUCACUACACGACCGGAAGGACAGGCACCAUGAGAAAGAUCACAAACGAAACCAUAGCAUGGGACACAUCUCUAGCAAGAGCAGCGACAAACUGAACCUAGUUACUAAAACCAAAACGGACCCAGCUAAAACUUUGGGGACGCCCCUGUGUCCUCGGAUGGAAGACGUUCCCUUGUUAGAGCCGCUCAUCUGUAAAAAGAUAGCACAUGAAAGACUGACUGUAUUAAUUUUUCUUGAAGACUGUAUAGUCACUGCUUGUCAGGAGGGAUUUAUUUGCACAUGGGGAAGGCCUGGUAAAGUGGUAAGUUUUAAUCCUUAAUGCUGCACCAGAUCUAGAACUUGAAUAGGUAGUGAUUUUUUUCUUGCGGGAGGGGCGGGGUGUACAAUGAAUGUGAAUGACACUUCUUAUUCUUAAUGUAAAUCUAAAUGCAUCAGAGCCAUAAUUUUGGAUACUGCAUGCCAUGUAAUUCUGAAUCAUUUGAUAAUUCACCUUAGAACGUUUAAAAACUAUAAUCAAACUAAUGGCCAGCCAAGUCAGUCACCCUCCUGGGAGUAUAUAGAGUCCCAAGGUUAGCGCUCCUGUAUUAGACUAUUUCGAUUUUAGGAAAAUCAUGACAGUGUGGGGAAACAAUGACUUUAAAAUGCUAAAAUUAAAAUUUCUGCUUUAACUGGAAUAUUUUUGCUUAACUACUCAAUUAGAAUAUUGUACACCUGAUCAGAGUGUGUAUUCAAUACGAACGGCCAUUAAUUGUCAUUUAUAGUCCAACUUUUUAUCUUAAUCAUCAAAUGUUUAGGAAUCUAUGAAAUUUAACUUUAGGAACAAAGUGUUCAGCAGGGUUGAUUGAUAUUAUUUUUACAUCGUUCUGGCAAUCCACAGAAAGAGAAGAGCCUUAAUUUUUAAAACCCAUUUUAGUCAUUUUAUGACAAUUAAAAUUGUUUAAUAAACAUCUUUUUUCAAAGAAGCAGUUUGUAGCACUUUGAUUGAGACUCUGUGCACUAAAUAAAAUACCCACGUUUCUCAGAGCCUGGACAGUUACCGCGAACUGCGGGCUGAGGGCGCCAGCAGUGUUGUCAGAAGUGCCUCUUGCCACACAAGCCAAGAUCUUUUAUGGUGGAUGUGAUUUGCUUACGUUUUUUCCAACAAGGGGAAGGAGCUUUUCUUUUCUUUUCCUUUUUUUUAUUUUUUAUUUUUUGGUGUGGGUUUUUGUUUUUUGGUCAAAAAGGCACAUGACCUUAGGCCCUAGGCAGACUCCUCAGCCUUGUUUGUGAAGACUGAUAGGCCCCCAAGGUUCAGAGAACUUGAAAUUUUUCCCUCGUUUGGGUUUUGUGUUCCCACCAGAGGGGAAGGGCAGGUGCAGGUUGCUCCUUCUCCUUGGAGGGCAGUCGUGGUCCCGGAUCUUCCGGAUCAUUCUCGGGAUGCCCUUGGCCUCUGUCUCAGGGACGCCAUCCCCUACCCCAGCGCCUGCCCCUGGGGGCCUGUGGCUGCUGGGGGCAGGGCUGGCUCUCCCUCUGCCCAGACAGCUGCGACUCUAAUUCCUUCAGAUCCUUAUCAGCUGUCAGACGAGUUGCUUUUCAAAUUCUAGUUUUCACAGUGGAUGAGAGGGCUCUUUGACCCAUAUGUUUCGUGUCAAGAUGAUAAUGAUCUCAUUUGUUAGCUCACUUUGGUCACUUAGGUUUGUUUUUCUGUUGUGCACGCCUUUGUAAUUAAAUAUAGAGAUACUGAUAAUUUAUACUGGUUUGAGUAGUGAACGCGAUUCAGCAAAGUGCCGACCGGGAGGCUCCAGUGUGUCGGGUGCGAGGCUCUGGUUGAUGGGGCAGCUCCGUGCUCUUAAAGCCGCCCUCCUGGGAAGGCCAGGCCGGCUCCCCGCUCCACACGCGUCCGGGCCGAGCCGCUCACUCUGUGUCCCCCGUGCUCAUUAGUGUGGUGGUUUCUGCGACCUGUGACAGCAGGGGUGUGACCUGUGACAGUUCAUGCAUCGCGGUCCAUGGGGAUGUUAGUGUCCUGUCUGCCUUUAAGAUAUGGUCCUUUGUUCCUAAAUGUUAACUGAUCUGAGGUAGCAAAGACAGCCGUGCUUGUGGACUCUUGCAGCUUUGGAGGCUAGGAAAUUGGGCUGUCAGGUGGAGAGCAGGAACCAGCACUCCAUGUGCAAUUUUGUGUACCUGCAUAGUUUUAGAAAUUCAGUUUCAAAUGCUUCUGAGGCAUUGAGUAUGCAGUUUCAAAAUUCAGGACUUUGUAAUUGGCCCAAGUGGCUGAAUCCCAGGUAAGUAGCCUUUACUGGGGAAUGUGUCGCGCACAACCUUCCAAUUCCGAGCGCUGUGCUCCUUCAGUGCGGGCAGGAAAGCCACGGGUGGGGCCCGUGUAGCUGAUGCUUGUGCGACGGGGGCCCUUUCUGGUUCUUUCUGUCCUUAAGCGUCCGCUGGGGCAGCUUACCCAGGGCGCGGUCUGUGGGUGGGAGCGGGGGUGGGAGAGGCAAGAGGAGGGUGUUACUGGCCCCUUAAAAAACAAGCCGCGCAACGCGUUCGUAGAAGCCGGGCUCCAUCUCCUCCACGCCGCCCCCACAUUAAACCUCCGUGGUCCCUGCACAGUUUGGGGUUUGGGGCUUGGUCACAGUCUCGGUCUUCCAGCUGCUGCUGGUGAGUGUAUCCUUGAUGUCUGGCUGGGGCCCUGGCUGAGUGUCAGGUGCCGGGGAGGGGCUGCUCGGACACGGCAGGGCGACGCUGCUUCCGCCCGCUCUGCCUCUCUGAUGCCUCCGCCCUUCUGUGACAGCCAGCAGCACCGUUCUCCUGCAGUCAGGAGGGCAGAGCGCAAGGUCCUCUCCAAGACCAGGACUAAAGUCGCCGGCAGCUUGAGGAGAGGGGGCACGGGAGGGAGGGGGCGGGCGGGCCCCUCCCCUCCACCCUCGGGUUUGUUUCGGGGCGCCAGGGCUCCUGCAGACCGGGGUCAGGAGGGGGGUUGCUUCGAGGGGUUCCAGGGUGCCAGUCGCAGGUAUAUAAGGCACCGUGGCCACUAAGGGAAAUCUGGGGAGUGUUUUUUUGUAGUUUUCUCCCCACAUUUUGAGCUUCCUCAUUGAAACUUUUCAGUUUUUCAGCUUAAACGUUAUCCUGAGCAAGAGUAUCUUUUCUAACCUAACCUCUGGAAUAAAACAGCUUGUGGCCACAAGAGGUUAUUCCUACUCGCUCAGCACGAUUUUUCCACCAUGCACUGAGACGCAUCGAUGAAAAGCAGAGAAAUAAAGUGCUCAGGGUAGCACGUGAGCCGAGCUGCUCCCCCCCCAACAAGAGGUGGCUCUGCCCGCCUGCGGCGACAGGACCCCUCGGAGGGCAUUAGCCAGGCUGUGGGGUCUUCUCUGCCUGCCCUGCCCUGGCUCGCCCCUUAAAGCUUCUGGCAAUUCCAGAGCUGGGUUUGUGUUGUGACCUGGGCGAUGCAGGCUUCUGAAUCCACUGGCUGCCCCAGCCCCAGCCCUUCUCUGUUUCUCCUCCGCUGGGAGAGCUGGGGUGGGAAGCCUUUGGAAAACCUGGCCUCUUAGUUUAUUUUUAUUUUUAUUUUUGGCCUUCUUUUAAAGGCAAAUGUGGAAAAGGGAGUAGGCAGACUCUUCAAAAAUAACCAGUAGCUUUGGGUUCUAAAUUGAUUUAAAUAGUGGUAAAGAAUCUUAAUUUUGUUUUUUGUGCUGACUGGACCUUCUCACAUUUUUGAAGGGUUCUCCUGUGAGCCGUUGACUUGGGACUAAGGAUAAAUGCCUUAAUGGAAGAAAAAGAGAGGAGUGGAAAUACAGGGAUAAGCUCUGACAGUGAUUAUUGCCUCAGACAUCCAGAAACGAUGAGGGACAAAAGGCCCUGAAGCUUUCUCAGUUUUUACAGGCGUGUAACACGCGUGCCCCCAGUAUUCUGUUCCACCGCUGGGCUCCACAGCCACGUGCAAGUGCAGGCUGGCAGGUGGCCCGGCAGCCGCUUCUCCCCGAUUCCUCCACUUCCUGUGGUACAUCCUGAAUUUUUAAGAAAUUGUCAAGUAUUGAACUUGUGCUGAAGUUGGUGAAGCAGCUUUAUCGAUGUCCGCACCCGUGUACAAGGUUCUCGUUACCUCCUGCUUGGGAGGGAGAGCUUUGGUUUCCUGGUUGAGGAAGCUCAAAGUGUGAGGGGAGAGCCAAAGGGCCGGGGAGCACCGCGGAAGGAAUCCUUUGAAAACCCAAAGGCCACGUUCGUGGACCUGUCUGUCCGAGGAGGAACUAGAAGCAGAGGUCGACCGUGGUUUCCCGGGAAAAACACACGGCGCGCCGCGUCCCGUUCUCUGCGGGAGGGCUUGGCCCAGGGUGACUGGCCGUGGCCCCUGCGCGUAGCGGAACGAGGGGCAGCGGUUGGCCUCCUGUGCGGGUCAUCCCGCUGUGCCGGGCAUGUCCACUCCUGGGGCUUACUUCCUCCGCAUUCACGUGUAGGCCUGAUAAGUGACCCGGAGGAGAUGUCCCCCUCGGGCACCACGGCAGGGAACAAUGGGCAAAGGCUCCCUCCUUGUCCAGAGCACACCUGUCGCGCUGGGCUGCUUGGGACUGUCACCUGUUCAGGUAGUCAGGGGGCUCAGCCCCACCACCCCAGUGCUGGCCAGUGAGAGGGGCGGUCUGGGAGGGUGGAGUCCAGGGCUCCUCUUGCAAGGCACUUGUAUCCAGCUGUUCCCUUUGAAACUCAGAGCCAAGUUCAAAGCUGUGUGUAGAAGCCCCUCCGGGAGAGGGAAGCUCUUCCACGGGUACUUUCUAUUCAUUGCUGCAGCUGUUACGUGGACUUUGUGUCAUGGUCACAUUGCUGUUGCUCGAGUUAAAUAUGUAAAAGAAAACUUCUCUGCAUUUUUGAUUUCUGUAUACCUAAGUUUAUUAAAGGUUACUGUUAGGUGACACUGUAUAAAAUUGUAUGAAUAUUUACCCUUAAUGAAAAUCAAAACUCAUAUGUAUUUCCUUUUUUACAUUCUCAUCUAAUUUCUUGAAAACUUGAAUAAAUUUCAUAAAGAGCCUUC